AUGUCUGACAAGACUUCACGACGAUUAUCACGGGCUCGAUGGGAGUUUCGGGUCGUGACAGAUGCUGCUGCUGGUGGGGCAUUGAUGAGUAAGAAUGCUGCAGAUGCUUAUAAUUUGUUGGAAGAGAUGGCUUCAAAUAAUUAUCAAUGGCCUUCAGAAAGGUCGGGUUCGAGAAAAGUUGUUGGAGCCUAUGAAAUUGAUGCAAUGAGCAACUUAGUUGCGCAAGUGGCUGCACUAUCCAAGAAGAUUGACACAAUGAGAGUUCAUGCAGUUCAAAAUUCAAUUUGUGAGAUGUGUGGGGAUGGCCAUUCAAAUGAUCAAUGGCCUUCCAAUUCAAACCCCAACGUGCCUCUUAAUUUUCAACAACAAUCUAGACCACCAAUUCCUGAAAAGAAGUCCCAAGUGGAAGAACUUAUCUUGCAAUAUAUGUCCAAGACUGAUGCCAUAAUUCAAAGCUAUGGAGCCUCCUUGAGAAAUCUUGAUACCCAAAUGGGACAGCUUGCAAACUCCAUCAACAGUAGACCCCAAGGUGCCUUACCAAGUGAUACACAAGUCAAUCCCAAAGGUAAGGAACAUUGUAAUGCAGUUACACUUAGGAGUGGAAAAGAAGUCAGAGGGGUGAAAAAAAAAUCAAUUGAAUCUUUAAAGGAGCAUAUAGAUGAUGACAAGGCAAUUGUUGAUAAAGAAGUUGAAGAGGAAAAGACAGAUAAUGGACAAGCUAAAAAUCAAGGGAAUUUUGAAGCAAAUUAUCCUCCACCACCAUUCCCACAAAGGUUGAAAAAACAAAAGCUUGAUAAACAGUUUGAGAAAUUCCUCAAUGUCUUCAAGAAACUCCACAUAAACAUUCCUUUUGCUGAAGCUUUGGAAAACAUGCCAAGUUAUGUCAUAUUCCUGAAAGACAUCUUAACUAAGAAGAGGAAACUGGAAGAUUUUGAAACAGUGGCACUUACUAAGGAGUGCAGCGCAAUAAUUCAGAACAAGCUUCCACCAAAACUUAAAGAUCCAGGGAGUUUUUCUAUACCUUGUACUAUUGGUAGAUUUAAAUUUACUAAAGCUUUAUGUGAUUUGGGUGCAGGUGUUUCAAUCAUGCCUUUGUCAAUUAUUGAGAAAAUUGGACUUAAUGAGAUACAACCUACCACAGUUUCUUUGCAAUUAGCAGAUAGAACAAUCAGGUUCAGUAUAGACUGUAGAUAG